AUGACCACUGGUUUCGAGGCUGCAGCCAAGGCCUUCCGCCAGCUGAUACAUGCCACCCCCAUCAUAGACCAUCAUGCGCAUCCGCUGCUCAAGAAAAGCCAGGUCGAUCAAUAUCCGCUGUUGGCCAUAGCCACGGAAGCUCGUGGCGAAGCACUCGAGUCAUCCCGGACCAGCUUGGCACACAUUCGAGCUGUGAAGCAGCUGUCGAAGCAGCUCGGCGGCUGUGACGCCACAUGGGAAGCCGUCGAACGCGCAGUCGAGCAGAGGCGACGUUCUGAUUACGAGGAAUGGACGCGGGCCUGCCUCUCCGGGAUUCAGUGCGUCCUCGUGGACGACGGGCUGGAUAACGAAGAAGCCGUCGAGUCGUACAGCUACUUUGACAGGUUUACCCCGAGCCCUAGCAAACGCAUCGUGCGCAUCGAGCAGGUGGCAGCCUGCAUCUUCGACAAGGCUUGUCUUGCUCACGACUCGGCCGCUUCUGCCUUUCAAAGCGCCAUUUCCAGCCUCGAGACUGUCAUUCAGGAUGCGAUUGCCGACCACGAGGUCGUUGGCUUCAAAUCCGUCAUUUGCUACAGAACCGGUCUCGACAUCGCACCCAAGGAAGAGGAGCUCGGAGCUCGCGAGGCGUUUGCCCACAUAUACGCGGGGCGACGACGUGAGGGCGCGUCCCGUUUCGCAAGAAUCCAGCACCGACCGCUGAAUGAGCUCAUUGUCCAUCGUCUCGCGCAGUUGAUUCGCGACUCGUCCGCUCGGCAUAAAAAACCUGUUCAGUUCCACACCGGGCUGGGAGACAACGACCUGACUCUGACAAGAGCAUCGCCGGCGCAUUUGCAGGACUUUGCCCGAGAGUACCCCCAAGUCCCGCUUGUGCUCCUGCACUCCGGAUACCCGUUUGAGCGCGAGUUGGGGUACAUGGCGGCCACGUAUGCCAACGUAUACGCAGACAUUGGCGAGGUCUUCCCUUUUGUCAGCCGCGGUGGACAGGAGAGCAUCCUGCGACACAUUCUCGAGCUGUGUCCCUGGGAAAAGGUCAUCUGGAGCACAGACGGCCAUUGGUUUCCAGAAACGUACCUUCUCUCGGUAGCGCAGAUGAGAGAGGCUUUCUGCACGGUUCUGUGCGAUCUUGUACAAAAGGGCGACGUUUCAUGGAGCCAGGCUGCCAGGCUGGUGCAAGAUGUCCUGUUCAACACGUCCAACAGGAUAUACAACCUCGGGCUAGCUGGUCCGCAGAGGAGCAGUCUCCAGGAAGCCGCUUUGGACGAACAGAGCCCGCCAUCAAAUCCGACGACAGCUUGUGAACAGUCCAAGAAAGUCUUGGAUAUGCUGAGCAAGCCAGCUAAGCCGCAGUACCUCCACCUAUGUUGGGUCGACUACACCGGCACGCUGAGGCUCAGAGUCAUCCCAUCUCGACGCGCAGAAGCCCUUCUCAAAAUUGGAGCCCACUCUCUGACAGCGACGGUGACGAAAGCGGCGCUGGGUCUGCUGCAAAACGACACCUGCGUGGCCGACGUCGGGCCCAGCGGGCUGCACGUGCUGCAUCCCGACAUGUCCUCGGCGCGCCACGGACCAAGAGAACAUCAGCUGAUGAUGAUGUGCGACUUUAAGGAGGAAGACGGAUCCACAGUUGGUCUCUGUCCGCGAAGCAUCCUGAGGAAGGCCGUUGACCGGGCGAGACAGGAAAACCUGGAGCUCCUGCUCGGCUUCGAGAUCGAGCUGGUUCUCGUCGGAGCCUCUCGCUCUGAACAUUGGCCAACGCUCGAUAGUCCCGGACACGCUUGGUCCUCGUCGCGGGCCAUGGACCACGAAGUCGUGCACAAGGUACUAGAGCCGGCGGUUGAGCAACUCGAGCAGGCCGGGGUACACAUUGAGAUGCUGCAUGCGGAAAGCGCCAACGGGCAGUUUGAGGUCAUCCUUGCGCCGUACCCGCCUCUAGAAGCCGUGGAUACCUUGCUAUUCGCGCGGCAAGUGCUGUCGGCCUGCGCAGCCGCCCACGGUUACAAAAUGACGCUGCAUCCGAAACCAGUGGCCGAUGGAUGCGGCACCGCCGCGCACGCUCAUGUUUCGCUGCGGUGUGCGGACACUGGCCGCGAGGCGGCGUACGAGGCGUUCUACGCCGGCAUUCUGGCCCAUCUCCGAGCCAUUUGCGCCUUCACGUACAGCAACAUGGCCAGCUACGAGCGCGUCCAAGACGGCUGCUGGGCCGGCGGAACCUGGGUCGCCUGGGGCACGCAGAACCGCGAGACGCCUCUGCGCAAGAUCAAGGACAGCCACUGGGAAGUCAAGUGCAUAGACGGGCUCGCGAACCCGUACCUCGCCGUGGCGGCGCUGAUGCUGGCGGGCGUCAACGGCGUGGCCAAGGAGGAGAAGCUGGUCUGGGGAGACUGCACAAAGGAUCCCGCGACAUUGUUCUGGGAGGAGCGGCUGAACCUGGGGAUCAAUUCCAACCUGCCGGCGAACAUUGAGGAAGCGCUGGUGUGUCUGAUGGCCGACGACGAGCUGACGAACCUGCUGGGCGAAGACGUGGUAAAUCGCUACGUGGCUGUGAAGAAGGCCGAGACGAGGUUACUCAAGGGCAUGGGUGCGAAUGACCGGAAGAGGUGGAUCAUGGACAGAUACUGA